AUGGUGGAAGCUUCGACAAAUGGGGCUUCGUCAACACCACAUAGCAGCGACAGCAAGGAUCACUUCGAGCAACCUCCACCGCAAGAGCCUAGGGGGCGCUCCCGAUCCAGGGGACGCUCUCGCUCCACAGGGAGCCCCCUGAGUGGCUCUCGAUCCAGAGGACGCUCUUGUUCCAGAACCAGGACCAGAUCUCGCUCCAGGGGUCGCUCUGGAUCCCGGCGCCGAGGCAGUCAAGUCCGGUUCAAGUCCUGCUCCAGGGAUCGCCGACCCGACUGCUACCCGACCUGGGCCGACCGAGUUCGAGAAACGCCGGAAAAGGUAACGCGGGGCUCACCGCCUGAGCAUGAUAGAGGUAACAACAGACUAGCACAACUUGAGCGUGAAAACCAGAUGAUGAACACAAUAGCUCGACUGAUGACAGAAAGUGCCGAGAUUAAGAAGGGCAGUCAAGCCGUCAUGGCUGACAAGCAGCCAUCCACCUCCCACCCAAUGGAAGUCCCCAUGGUUGAGAAGAUCGAUACAGAGAGGCCCGCUAAAAAGAGGGCAAUCGCUAACGAGCAAGAAAGAGCACCAGGCAGGGCCAAAUCGGAGAUUCGCGAGUUGCUCUCCACUCUCAGUGACAGCAUUAAGCAGAUAAAUGAAAAGUUCUUGCUCUUCCAAAGCAACAUGACUUUCAUGGAGGAGCGCACUAAUCAGCGGAUCAGCAAAAUUGAAUCAUUCUUAGAAAACGUUGUAGCACCUGUGCUGGUACCUAAAGCUGCUACACCCCUAGCAACAGCAUCGACUAGUAACAGCUCGGGGGCGAUCGGCCCUCCGAAGGUUAGCACAGCAACUCAAGAGCAAUACGAUGGCCACUCAAACUAG